UUGAUACUUUGUUGAUUAUCAAAUUCUUUUUUACUUAUCUUCCAUUUUUUACUUUUUGUUUUGUUUGUGUACGUCACGUUGUGCGUCUAUAAAGUGUGUUUUUUAUUAAACAUUUAAUUUGUUUACGAAUGGUGAUUGUUGUUAAAGUUUAAUUUCGGUUCUUGUUUCGUUUUAGUGACAUUGAAAAUGAUCUAAACAUCCUAGCCCAUCUCAAAAUAUGAAAAUGUAAACAAAAAGUAGGAAUGUCUUUUUCAUAGGGUGUCUUCAAAUGUUUCGCUACUCUUUUAUUUUGUUAUGGGCAAUCAUUUGUUUAAUAGUGUCUUCCUUUUGUCGGGGUAAUGAAACCCCACUCUUGCUAUACUCCACUAUGUACGAUAUUCGCCUAGUGAAUACCACUAGAGCAUAUAAACCAGAAGUUAUCAUCAAAAACACCAAGAAUUCAACAUCUUACAUAGCUACAUUAGACUACCAUUAUGCACUCAAGAAAAUAUUUUGGGCUGAUCAUGAAAAUGAAAGUAUUUUUAGUGUUGAUUAUUAUGCAAAGGGGAAUAUUACAAACAAAAUGGAAAUUGUUACUGAUGUCGUAACACCUGAUGGAUUAGCAUGUGAUUGGGUAACAAAUAAAUUAUAUUGGACUGACAGUGAGACCAAUCAUAUUGAGGUAGCUACCAUAGAAGGAAAAUACAGGAAGGUUUUAUUUUGGACUGAUAUUGAUCAACCUAGGGCUAUUGCCCUGGUGCCUUCUGAAGGUUUUAUGUUCUGGACCGAUUGGGGAGAAUUACCAAAAAUUGAACGAGCCAGCAUGGAUGGAGCUCCAAAGUCAAGAAAAACCAUAGUAUCGGAUAAUAUCUUCUGGCCCAAUGGUCUAACAAUUGAUUACAAAACCAAACAUGUAUAUUGGGCUGAUGGAAAAUUAAAAUUUAUUAAGAGGAUGGAUUAUGACGGCAAAAGUUUAGUAACAGUUUUAGAUAAAGCAUCGUACUAUCCAUUUGCUUUGACUCAGUUGGAAACAAAAAUGUAUUGGACUGAUUGGGAAACAGGGGCUAUCCACUACUAUGAUACAUCUGGUCAACAGAAACAACCUUUGGAAUUGUUGUCGGUGCAGAAUCCAAUGGAUAUACAUGUUUGGGAUCCCCAGCAUCAACCUAACAUUACCAGUCCAUGCCAAGUAAGCAAUGGAGGAUGUUCUCAUUUGUGCCUUCUAUCUCAGGAUCCAUCAAAGUUUACCUGUGCUUGCCCGAUGGGGUUUAAACUUAUAGAUAAUAAAACAUGUUAUGAUAAACCUCAGGAACUAUUGCUAUUAGCGAAAAGGCCGGAAAUUCGGUUGAUUUAUCUAGAUUCCCCAGAAUACAGUUCUAAGGCUCUACCUCUCGAUGUAAAAUAUUCUAUAGCUGUAGAUUUCGAUCCAGUCGACAAUUAUAUUUACUGGUCAGACGAUGAAGUUAAGACGAUACAGAAGGCCAAAAUUGAUGGCACAGAACAACAGGAUGUGAUUUGGGCUGAAAUUCAACACCCUGAUGGUAUCGCGCUUGACUGGAUUGCUAGAAACAUUUACUGGACUGAUGCAGGGACUGAUAGAAUAGAAGUCUCUACACUAACCGGAGGAUACCGAAAAGUUAUUAUUAUGGAUAAAUUACAUGACCCUAGAGGUAUUGCAGUUGCGCCAGAAUUAGGUUGGCUUUUUUGGUCAGAUUGGAAUGAAAAAGAGCCUAAAAUUGAAAGGUGCAAUCUUGAUGGCUCUGAAAGGGUUCAAAUAGUUACUGAAAAUUUAGGUUGGCCGAACGGUAUUACUUUGGAUCAUAAGAAAACGAGAAUAUACUGGGGAGACGCCAAAUUAGACAAAAUUGAAUAUUCGGAUAUGGAUGGGUCUAACAGGAGAGAGCUUAUUGAUGACAAUGUACCGCAUGUAUUUGGAUUUACUUUGAUGGGAGACUACAUUUACUGGACUGACUGGCAAAGAAGAGCUAUCGACAAAGCUAAUAAAGAAACAGGGGGCGAAAGAGAAGUGAUAGUUGACCAAAUGGAAAAUGUGAUGGGUCUCAAAGCAAUAAAUUUAAACGGAGCCGUUGGGUGGAACUUAUGUAAAGAAAAUAAUGGUAACUGCUCACAAUUGUGCCUUUAUAAACACAACAAGGAACGAGUUUGUGCUUGCCAAAUUGACCACGAAUUAAAGAGGGAUGGACAAACUUGUAUCAAACCAAAAGCCUUCUUGUUGUAUUCCAAAAGAGCCAAUAUUGGAAGAAUUGGGAUUGAAAAUGAAAAUUAUGAAGUUACUGUUCCUAUAGCUGGUAUUAAGCAUGCUAGUGCCAUAGAUUUUGAUACAAACACAAUGCGUAUAUACUGGAGUGACAGUAAGCUUCGGACAAUAAUGAGAGCAUUUCUCAAUGGCUCAGAUAUACAGCGGGUGAUAGAUCUCGGUUUAACAUCACCUGAAGGUAUUGCUGUAGAUUGGUUAGGACUGAAUAUUUAUUGGACUGAUCCAGUGUCACACCGAAUUGAAGUUUCCAGAUUAAUGGGAAGAAGUAGACGAACUUUAUUAUGGAACGAAGCUUAUGAGCCACACAGUAUUGUUGUGGAUCCUGGAGAGGGAUAUCUUUAUUGGUCUGAAUGGGGCACAACCAACUUUAUAAAAAAGGCAGCUAUGGAUGGAAAAAAUCAAUCAAAACUAAUUUCUACCGUUAAUCCUGCUAAUAGCCUUACUUUAGAUUAUGAGAAAAAAAGAUUGUAUUGGACUGAAAAGGAUACACCAGCAAUUUUGUCCUCCGAUUUGAAUGGCAACGACCAAAGAGUGGUUGUUAAAGACAAUAUAUUAGAACCUGUUGGUUUAACCUUGUACAAAGAAUUUAUUUAUUGGAGUGAUAACAAAACAGGUGAAGUAUUUCGUGCAAGCAAAUCGGACGGUAGCAAUAGGAUAAGAAUGCAUAAACUGGACGGUGUGACAGAUUUAUUGGUACAUUAUCAAUUAAAAAGUAGGAACACGAACCAGUGUGCGACAAGUAAUGGCGGUUGUUCACAUUUAUGUCUUGCUCUUCCACCGAAAGCUGCCGACGAACAAACGGGAUAUACGUGCGCCUGUCCUAAUCAUUAUACAUUGAAUCAAAAAGAAUGUAUACCACCUGUCAAUUUUAUGAUAUAUAGUCUAAGAAACUUAGUUGUUAGAUUAGUUCCUGAUACAUCCGAUUGUCCGGAAGCAGUUUUGCCCAUUCAAGCUCUAAAAGCUGUCAAGGCAAUCGAUUAUGACCAAAGAACAAAUUAUUUGUACUGGAUUGACAGUAAAGCAAGGGCGAUAAAGAAAUCAGAAGCUACUGAACAAAGAAUUGAGAGUGGCAAACCAAAAACUGACACCAACGUAGUUUCAAGCCAUAAGGAAAUACAACCGUUCGAUAUCGCCUUGGAUCCACUAGGAAGACUGUUAUUUUGGACCUGCGAAAUAAAUGACGUGAUAAACGUAACGUACCUAGAAAAUCAAAAUUCUUUUGGCAAUUUGGGAAAGAGGGAAGGCGAGCGACCACGCCUUAUAGCUUUACAUGUUGACAAAAGAUUACUAUUUUAUACCGAUAUUGGUAAGACGCCACAAUUAGUACGUGUAAGAUUAGAUGGUUCUCAUAGAAUCGUUAUUACUAAGGCAGCUAAUAUUACAGCUAUAGCGGUAGAUACCGAAAAUGAUUUGAUCGUGUGGGCUCAAGGACACGGAAUAUACAUUAGUAAUAUAGAUGGAGAAAAUCAACACGUAGUUUUAAAUGAAAGCAACUCCAUUAUCACUCAGCUGACUGUACAUCUGGGCUUCCUCUAUUGGAUAGACAAAGAGUUGGAUCAGCUCCAAAGAAUAGAAAUACUCUCAGGAAAGUCUCGAUCAACCUUACCGAUUCAAGCAUCGCAUAUACUCGAUUUGAUCUCAGUGAAACAUUACACGGAAAAUCUCUGCUCUCGCGCAUCACAUAAGUGUUCGCAUUUUUGUAUACACAAUAGCUCGUCCUUGAUCUGCGCUUGUCCUCAUGGAAAGAUCCUGAACGAUGAUAGAAGGACGUGUUUAGUGCCUCCUCAUUGUGGUGAUGAUCGAUUUACGUGCAAUAUACCAGAAAAGGAUAAAACCGAAUGUAUCCCUAUUGCGUGGAAAUGUGACCGCCAGAAAGAUUGUGGAGAUGGGUCAGACGAAGCAGACUGUCCGAAAUGUUUGCCUGAUCAAUUUCGUUGUUUAAAUGGACAGUGCAUUGAUAAAAAGAAUUACUGUGAUAAUUUUCCACAUUGUAGCGAUAGAUCGGAUGAGAAGAAUUGCUGCGAGAAUGGUUUUCAGUGUCCUCAAACCGAAGUGUGCCUUCCCUCCUCGUUAGUCUGCGACGGUAACGAAAACUGCGCAGAUGGAUCAGACGAAAAAGACUGUAGAAUAUCAGUAAAACCGGCAACUCAAACCAUAUUAUUAUCUUUUUUAGCUUGUUUGGUUGUUUUUGUGGUGGUUUCCCUUUUAUUUUUCCGGAAGAAACUUAUGCCACGAGAUGAAGAAGUCAACGAUCAGAUGGAAUCUUUAAAUCCAAUGCAUCCUAAUGGCGUUGGAAAUUUGAAAUAUCGUAAAGGAAUACCGGACAUUGUAAGAAUGUCGAUGCUGAACGAUAGUGGUUGUCCAUCUUCAUUUGAUCGACGCCAUGUUACUGGUACUUCGAGUAGUUCUAAUACCAACGGUUCCAGUGUUACGGGAUAUCCGUGUGAAACGCUCAAUCCCCCACCUAGUCCUGCCACUACUGCAGCUUCAACAAGAGCAAGUAGUCCCUCCCGGUACCGUCCUUAUCGUCAUUACCGUUCGAUAAACCAACCCCCGCCGCCAACACCUUGCUCUACAGAUAUCAACGACGAAAGUGACUACAAUUAUCCGACAAAAAGUAGGUACGAUGGAGGCCCCUUUCCUCCACCGCCUACUCCUAGAUCAGUGUGCCAUCAAGAAAGUUGCCCGCCUUCGCCGAGUUCGCGCUCGUCGACUUACUUCAGUCCACUGCCGCCUCCGCCUUCUCCGGUAGCAUCGCCGAGGGGCGGUUACGAUUCAUGACAAAUGGUCAUUUUCAGUUUUUAUUGAGAUUAGUAUGUAAAAAGAUGUGCAAUUUUAUAUUUGCGACGGCAGUUUUACAAAAUAUAUUUAAUUCUUGUUAAGUA